AUGGCGUCGUGCUCUUCCGAGAAGGAUAUCGCCUGUGAGGCGCAAAUGAGUCAUUCGGCGGAGAUUGAGUUGGAUGACAAGAGCGCUGGGGAAAGCAGCUCUGUUCGACCCCUGACUUCCUCCCCUCGGCCGGUGAGAGCAGCUCAGCGGGAGAUGAAGCGCACGCCGGCAGAGUCCGAGGAGUUGGAAGAAGCGAAUGUUCUGCCGCCAGUUUACGUGUCAACCGUCAAAUUCACCCCGGAGAGCAGGAUGAACCUGUACUGUGAUCAGAUUUUAGCUUCUUGCAAGGCAGAAGAAGCAGAUGAAGCAAUGAGCAAGUACCUCACUGAAAAGCUCCGUGCAAGAAGUACAUGGUUAGGAGUAUGGAAAACAAAUCCUGAGCUAUUCUUUGUAAAAUAUGAUGAAGGAUCCAUACCUUAUGUUGGUGUUUUGGUUGAGGUUACAUGCAGACCUCGACAGAGCCAAUCUUCUCACCUGCGAGCUACUGUAUCAAUUAUAGAACCUUAUUCUUCUAAUAUCGCUAAUCUGCCAAGAGAACUUGUUGAGGAAGUUUUGGACGAGCUAGAUCACUGUGUUCCCUUGUUGGAAGUUUAUCCAAUAGAUGAUCAGGAUUCUGCUGUAUGUAGCAUUGCUCAAGCUCUGGAAAAUGUUAGAUUCUUUUAUGACUUUCUGUGGAGAGACUGGGAUGAUGAGGAAGGCUGUGAAAAUUACACUGCACUUAUAGAGGAACGUAUACGUUUAUUUUAUGAUAUUCAAGACGGAACAAUACCAGGCCCUGUAGGCCAACGUUUCAAAAGAACAUUGGAAAAAUACAGAAACAAACGUGUGGAGCUGAUAGAGUACCAAAGCAAUAUAAGAGAGGAUCCAUCAGCAGCUGAAGCAGUGGAGUGUUGGAAAAAAUAUUAUGAAAUCCUAAUGAUUUGCGGACUGUUAAAAAUCUGGGAAGAUUUGCGUCUUAGAGCACAUGGACCAUUCUUUCCGCGAAUAUUGAGGCGUAGAAAAGGACAACGACCUUCUGGAAAAAUUGUAACUCAUAUUGUGGCAAAAAUGAUGACAGCUGACAUGGUUAAGGAUUUCUCUGCUAAUACACUAAUUCAACAACAUGACAACUUAGAUGCAUCCUUGGACAAUUGCUUCAGUGGUGACACGGUGGUAAUUUUUCCAGGAGAAUAUCAUGCCUCAGGAUUUGGAAUGCUAACGGAUGAUAUCAUUAUUAGAGGAGCUGGAAGCCGUGAAGAAAUCGUAAUCUUUUCAGAUCCUACGCAAGACAAUUUUGUGGCAUCAAAAUCCCAAAACAUUAGCUUAGUUCAUCUGACUUUAGUACAGCGGGGAACUACUGAUGGCAUUGUGGUAGUAGAAUCUGGUCACAUGACUCUUGAAGAUUGUCUUUUAAAAUGUGAAGGCACUGGCGUUUGUGUUCUCACAGGAGCAGCCUUAACGAUGAAAAACUGUGAACUGACAGGAGCUCAGGGUCCAGGAGUUGAACUAUACCCGGGAAGUGUUGCUUGUUUGGAAGGAAAUGAUAUUCACAAAUGCAGCAAUAUUAAAAGUUCUGAUGUCCUCAAGAGUAUGUUGGGAGGAAUUAAACUGAAGGUUCUGCCUCCACCAAAACUGAAACUUCAUAACAAUUAUGUCCAUUCCAAUAAUGGCUACGGUGUUACCAUAAUUCAGCCUGAUGACAGACAUUGCUGUGAAGCAGAUGAGGAGGUACUGGAAUGCGCUGCAGGAGGUGAUAAGAGAGAUGAUCUUGUCAAGGCAAUGCAAAAUAUGAGUCUUGAAAUGAACAAUAAUAAGUUUGAAAACAAUUCAAUGGGAGAAAUAGGUGUCAUUGUUUGUUAA